AUGUCUAUUAAAGGCAAAAUUCUAACUUUAUUGUUUAAACUAAAAUUCAAUCAUGAAUUAAAUAAAUGGAAAUUACAUAAACAUCCAUUAACAUGGAGAGAUUGGCAAGUUUACUUUAUUUUCUUUUUAAUGGCAUUACCUACCAUUAUAAUGGGUGUAUUCCUACAAGUACUAAGGAAUAUUUGGGCAUCGAUUGCAUUGUUUCAUUUGACUUGUAUCAUUGGAUCAUUCCUCUAUAUCAUCAUCUACCAACAAUUACUACUCAACAAGAUUAAAAAAGGAGUACUCUUGGAUCGUAGUCGAGACAUUAUUUCAUUUGUUGUUGGAAGUAUCAAUGAUUCUGAAGAUGAUUAUCAGUAUAGUCCAACAUCACCUCUUUUAUCACAAUCUGGUUUCCUUAGCGAUAAUAAUAAUAAUCAUUCAAACACUUCAUCUAUAUCUUCUUCCUCUUCAGUGUCAUCUAAUACUUCGACUUCCUUUUCUUCCUCACCACCAUCAACGAAUCAAAUUGAAAUUGUUAGUAGUAAAUGGUACAGAAUUAUACGAAAAGCAUUAUCGGUACCACAACAAUACAUUGCCGGUGUUUUAAUUCUAACAUCUGGUAUUGUAUUUGGAUUGUUACUCUAUUACCUCGUAUCGCAAUACACACCAACCGUAGUCAUCAAUAUGGAGCAAUACGGUUUACUCCGUUACGUAUCUCUUAUCAAUUUCUUUUUUAUCUAUUUUUGCAUCGUCAAUCCAAUCGUUGAAGAAUGGUUUUGGAGAAUGUUUUUAGAAAAUGUUUAUGGUUCUCGUAUAGUAGAUAGAUUAGUAGUAUUGCUAGUAUUUUUUGAUAUUUGGGUCUGCAUUGGAUUUGUAUUUGUUGUUUUCAUUGGAGGAUUAUUCUUUUCAUUUGUUACACAUUUUGUUGGACCUGUUGCAAGUAUCUUUUGUCAUGCAGCUGCCGACACUCUAAUCAUAUUGUUUAUCGCUUAUGACAACCCAUCAUGUUCAGAGUCAGCUUUAAAGGACCAACAAAUCAUAGAUUUACAAAAUAGAAUAACAUCUAUGUCGGAAUGUUAUUUCAAUCAAGCUCAGGAAUAUGAUAAAGAAACGACACGGCUAAAGGAUGUUAUUAAGAAACUAGUUGAUGAGAAUCAAAAAAACUUGGAACUUCUUCACCAGAGAGAACGACAAGCCCAAAUAGACCGAUUGGAGAAAAUGAAACGAGAAAUACUUUAUGGUCCACCUCAAAAAUGGUUUUAUUCUCUAAAGAAGAAGAGGAUGACAUUUAAAAUACAUAAGAAACAAACAUGUAGUUUAGCAACUGCAGCAUCGUUGACGGAAAAGUUUAACAAGACUAGAAAAGAGAAUGACGCUAAAAAGAUAUAUACAUCGGGCACUGUUGUCAUUGACCAAUACAGCGAUAUUAUCAAUAACAACUUGAGCAACUUUGAAAGAUACCUCAAGCAGACGAUUGGAUUAGAGGUUGAAGAUUCGACCAACAAUGUCGUCGCCGAUCAAGAGAAGCUCGAGACUGCCGCUGCAGCCGAAGAAAAUAACCAAACAUCAUCGAUUGGCGUCGGCGGUGGCUUGGACACUAUGCAAACACCACAAAAGUAUAAUACUCAAGCAGAGACUGACGAUGGAGACAUUAGCGAAAGAAACUCAGACUACAACUCUACACCAUCGAGAAAGAACAAAAAUAACUUGGCAAACAAAUUAAAACAACAACAACAAGAGGAGAGUUCAAGUGAUGAAUCAGAUAGUGAAAGAUCAGUUGAUGAAUUAACAGCUGCAAAAGAUAAAAAGAGAAAGUCUAAAGAUGAUUCAGAUGAUUCAGACGAUUCAUCAAGUGAUGAAAAGAACAACAAAAAGAAAUCAAAGAAAUCCAACAAAGAUUCUUCAUCUGAAUCAUCUUCAUCUUCUUCAGAGUCUGAAUCAGAUUCAUCUUCAUCCGAACAAUCUUCAUCUUCUUCUUCAGAGUCUGAAUCAGAUUCUUCCUCUUCCUCUGAAUCAUCAUCAUCUGAAGAUGAUAAGAAAAAGAAAAAGAAAAAAUAA